CUUCCGUUCCUGCUGAGGUUGGAGGGGGCUGCAGCUGGAGCUGAAGCCCCGUCUCUACUGUGUUCCUUCAGUUCUUGAAUCUCUGCUGCUGCUGCCUGCUACCUUGGAGGAGGUGUUUUAGAGGUGGGCAGUGUAGGGGGGGUGGAGGAUACGCCUGGUGGGGGAAUUUUCUCCACCCCCUCUGUGAGUAGGCAUCUGCUGGGGGCAUCUGCUUUGACUGGAACAUCCUUGGAAUUGGUUUUCCAAAGCUAAUCUGAUUCGCUUGCUUCCAGUCUGGAUAGCACAUGGUACCUGGAGGUGCCUCAUCACUUUGCAGACUGGCACUGUGAGGUCUGCUUGUUUUCUGCCUACUUUUGCUUGCCGCAUGUGCCAAAGGCAUCCUCAUGAGCCUAGUAGCCUUGUGCCAACUCUCUGGGGAUGAUCCUGGCAUUGGAAUGGUGCCUGUGUUCCUGUGACGAGGCCAACCCGCCCAGGCAGGGAGACCAGAAAGACUGCAGAGGGGCCGCGGGAGCCCAGCAUGGAGGGAUCUGACCAGCGAUUGGUGCUGGGCAUGAACAUGGGUGAUGGGCGGCAGACGCCUCCUGGGGAGCUGCGGACUCCCACUGAAGAGGGGCAGGAACAGAGAAUGCCUGUGCCUGAAGCCAUCUGUGAUGGGGGUGGGGAUGCCAAGACCCCCCAGAGGACAGAGGAGGAGGAGGAGGAGGAAGAGCUGGACCCCCGAAUCCAGGAGGAACUGGAGCACCUCAACCAGGCCAACGAGGAGAUAAAUCGUGUGGAGCUGCAACUGGAUGAAGCCCGUACAACAUAUCGGAGGAUUUUGUCAGAGUCUGCCAGGAAGCUCAACGCUCAGGGCUCCCAGCUGGGGAACUGCAUUGAGAAAGCACGUCCUUACUAUGAGGCUAGGCGCUUGGCCAAGGAGGCACAACAGGAGACACAGAAGGCUGCACUUCGAUACGAACGAGCCGUCAGCAUGCACAACGCGGCCCGUGAGAUGGUUUUUGUAGCCGAGCAGGGGGUGAUGGCAGACAAGAACCGGCUUGAUCCCACGUGGCAGGAGAUGCUUAACCAUGCAACGUGCAAGGUGAAUGAGGCAGAGGAGGAGCGGCUACGCAGUGAACGGGAGCACCAGCGCGUCACCCAGCUCUGCCAGCAAGCGGAGGCCAAGGUGCAGUCUCUACAGAAGUCCCUGAAGCGGGUCAUCGUGAAGAGCAAGCCCUACUUUGAGCUAAAGGCUCAGUUCAACCAAAUUCUUGAGGAGCACAAGGCCAGGGUGACAUCCCUGGAGCAGCAAGUAGCCCAGGCCAAGAUGCGGUAUUCGGUGGCCUUGCGGAACCUGGAGCAGAUCAGCGAGCAGAUCCAUGCCCGGAGGCUCCAGCGCCUGGUAGGGCGGCGGGCAUCCCCAGUCGGAGCUGAGGCCAGUCCGGCGCUGCUGUAUGGAGGGGCGGGGCUUCCCCCUGAGCCAGCCACCUCUGCCGACAGUCUCUCAGUGCUCAGCUUCCAGACCAUCGCCUCCGACUUGCAGAAGUUCGACUCUGUCGAGCACCUGCUGGGGCUCUCUGAUGCUGCCAGCCUUAACAGCGACGAGCUAGAGGAGCGGGGGCAGCGCCGCAAUGCCCAGCCCCACCCCUUCAAGCACCACCGCAGCAUCAGCCUCUGACCCCUUUCGAUUUUGACCUGCGGGAGAAUGGGGAGGAGACGAUCAGGAUAAGGGAGGUGCAAGGAAUAGUUAGAAAGGGAGGCGCCGCUCUGAAUUCUUGGAUAAUAUAGCUAGUUUGACCUUGCCUGUCUGAAUCAUAACCUGCAGGUGGAUUCUUACACUCCUCCCCCCCAUGUAUAGCCUUUGGUACAACCCAGAUUUCCUGCCGUUAAUAUUCCCAGCACGGUGGUGCCCAUCCGAGCCCCAGUUGCUUUUGGCAUUUUGGUCCCACUGUUGGGGGCUACACCUCUCCCCCCAGCAUGCACCUGCUCCCAGGCAGCAUUGCAUGCUGGAAGCAAUCUCUCCCUGCACACUUAUCCUAGCUUGUUGGGGUUAUUGGUGAUACCAUCAUCUUUAGCAGCAAGCGAAUAGUAGGGAAGGGGAGUGGGGAGACAAACCCAACCAGGAGUGGGUUAAGAACACCUGCUCCUUGAAAAACAUGAUUGUGUUGCGCUGGCUGUAGGGUGAUCCGGAAAAAAGAAGAGACCACAAAGGAGGGGCUGAUGUGCGGAAGUUCCACUGCUCCUGCCUCUGUUUUCGAGAGAACAUCCCUGCCGUGCUGUCACAGAGGCACCACCCAAGACUGUGCAGUGUGGCCUUUUAAAACGGAACUUUGACGCCCUGUCGGGGGCCUCUUAACACACUACUGCAUACCAGAGGCAUGCCCUUGUCCUUUUGUUUGUGAGUGUGCCUUCCAGUGAUGUGCCACAAACAGUAGCUGCCACUAUUUUUAUAGCUUCUCCAACAUGGUGUGUAGGCCAAAGCUAUGAAGAGGUGGCCUCUGGAAGGUGUCAUUCAGUGAUACCAGGAGAGAGGGGGAGGGAGCAUUGUGUGUGUGCGUGAGUGUGGGAGGGGGGGAAUGGCCUUGUUCGGCUGGGAUAGUUCCCCAGCUAUCUCACCUGCUCGGUAACAUCCCAUUUCCCCCCGGUCACAUGACUAUGGCACAUUCACUCUGUUGGAUGUUUGCACUAUCAGGUGGGGCUUGAGUCCCUAAGCAAGUCUCUGCUUGCUCUCCUAGCUCUUUCCACAGCCCUGUUCUUUUCUCCCCUUCUGGGCCAUGGUGGCACUUUGUGCCUUUCAAGCAAAGUUGGCUGGGCCUGGGCUGCAAUGAGAACCGUGCCGGUUUGAGGCAGCCUAAUUGCCACUCGGUGUGUUUGUAUGACCAGCUUCUGCUGUGUAUUUUAUUUAAAAGUAAAGUUUAUUGCCCUAU